AUGAGUAUUCAACGUAAAAGUAAUUUUUCAUCUCUUACACGUCCAUCAGCAGUUUCAAUUUAUUCAGCAACAUUAUAUUCAAAUGAUGAAGAUGAUGAUCAUCGAUUAUCACGAUGUUAUUCAGUACUCUAUAUUCAUAAAACUGAUGUAUAUCAUGUUCUUGAAAGACAACAAGGUAGACGUACACUUAUUUAUCAUUUAUUUGUUUUUUGUUUAACAUUAAUUUCAUUGGUAUUUGGUUCAAUAUCAACUAUUAGUAAAUGGCGAUCAAUAUUAAAUAAACCAUUAUAUUAUGGUGAAUUAGGUUUAUGUAUAUUUUUUACUUAUGAAUUUAUAUUACGUAUAUGGUCAGCUGGUUGUCGUGCAAAAUAUCGUACAUGGUUUGGUCGUUUAAUGUUUAUGACUCGUUCUGUAAUUGUACUUGAUAUAUUAACACUUCUUGGUUUUGCAUUUUCUAUAGCAACAGGUAUAACAACUGGAGAAUUUCCAGAAAUAAUAUUAAAAUUUUUACCAUUAUUACAAAUGAUUCGAUUUUUACGUGUUGAUCGACAAUUAACAUCAUGGAAAAUUUUAAAAGGAAUUAUUUUAAAACAUCACCAAGAACUUACAGUUACAAUAGUUAUUGGUUUUAUGUUUCUUAUUACAGGUGCUUAUCUUGUUUUUAUUGCUGAAACACCAACAGAUCCAAAGUUAAAUACAAGUUUAUAUAAAUCUAUGGCUGAUUCAAUAUGGUUUUCAAUUAUAACAAUGACAACUAUUGGUUUUGGUGAUAUUUCUCCUAAAACUUUUAUUGGUAAAAUUGUAACAACAACAAUUUGUUAUCUUGGUGUUGCAUUUUGGUGUUUACCAGUUGGCAUUAUCGGAAGUGGUCUUGCUAUACAAGUACAAGAACAAAAACGUGACGAAGCAUUUAAUCGUCUUAUACCUGCUGCUGCAAGUGUUAUUCGUAAUUGGUGGCGACUUCGAUGUGUUUAUCAUGGUGAUCGUUUUGUAGCAACAUGGAAAAUUUAUACAUUAAUGCAACGACGUGUUAAUGUACCUACAACACCAUUAACUCAAGAUCUAAGAUUAAAACCAGCACUAAUUAGAUCUUCAUCUAAUAAUGCCUCUGAAAUCAAAUCAUCUCCAUUUAAUCGUACACAAACAACAACAACACCGAAACUGAAUAAUAUUCGAAGAAAAUCUAUAACAAGUAUUGGCGAUUUACCAAAACGUUAUAUAACAGCAAUAAAAAUAAUUCGUAUACUUAAGUAUUCAUCUUCAUGUAAAAAAUUUCAACAAGCAAAAAAUCCAAUUAAUUUAAAAGAUGUUGUUAGUGAAAAUACUCAAGUGAAUAAUCGUUUAUCAAUUAUGUUAAAUGAUAUUCAACGUCGUUUAGAUUUAGCAUUAGGUACAAAAAAAUUAGCAUCAUAUCUUUCCGAUGAACAAAAACAUCAAUUAAGUUUAAGUUCACGAAUUGAAAAAGUUGAACAAAUAACAAAUCAAUUUGAAACAAAAUUAAAUUAUUUAGAACAAUUAGCAAUAAGUUUAACUAAAAAUAAUUGA